AUGAUAUUUCUUUACUCUGUAAGUUUGAUUAUCAUAGAUUUCUGGCAUAAGACUUGGAAAUCUAGAUUGAUAUCUUUCUCCAAUAUCGAUCAUUUCAUCUUCUCCUUCUUCUGCUAAUUUCAUAACAUCGUCUUCGGUAAAAGUGAUUUUCCACUCUUUGAAUAAGUCUACAUCUUCUUCUGUAAAUUCUGUUUUGCUCUCUUUAUAGUUAUCUAGGAUAAUUUUUUGUAACUUCGGCAGUUUUUCAAUCAUGGGUAUUAUGUACUUCUUACCAGGAUAUCUUGUACCAUGUCUUAAAAUUAACCAUAUCUUUCUUGGAACACAACCUAUGAUUGAUAAAAGAAAUUUUUUAUUUAUACUGAAUAGAAAAGAUAUUUCAUACUUAGUUAUUAAAUUAGAUAUUACCUGAGUAUUCAAGAGGAGAAUCAUCAUUAUUUGAUAUAAAUCUAUAUGGUGUUUUAGUUCCUAGUCUACAUCUAUAAUCUUUAUUGUUUAGAAGACAAUUAUGAGCAAAGAUAAAUGUUGCACUUAUUGUAUUAAUAAUUAAAAAUACUUCAAUAUUUAACAGCAUUUUUUUGUUAAUUUUUACAAUCUGAAACAUUGAAAAUUAAUACAUAUUGAAAUUACAUGAACUAUCCAGCUUAAAACAAUAUUGAGAUAUUAUUUGCACAAAAGUAUUCAAAACAAUUUAACUUUUGCAUUGCAUAAUUUCCUAAUAUGUACAUACACACAUUCCUUAAUGAGCUUCUAAUGCAGUUAUACAAUUUUUAGCAUUUAAUAUUGGUAAUGUAAUUUAAUAAACCUUGAAAUACAGUCAAUUAAAUUAAAAACAAGAAGAUCAAAUUGCAAAAAUAUAAAAAAGUUAAGCUCUAGCGAUAAAAAUAUUAAAACUUGAACAUAAUCCAAUAAACUAUAUUGUCCCGAAGAAGAAGAUACCCACGCCCAUAACUUUCUAAAGAUUAUUUGACUUGUGUUAUAACAACCGUUCGUUAUUCAACUAAUGUAACAUAACUUUUAUUCAAAAAAAUUGAAAAUUAAACGAAAGUAUAAUUCAAAAUUAGUUCGUACUUAUUUAUCGUGAAAUUAAAUUGUAUUUCAUAUCCUAACCUUAUACUUUCGAAUACGUGAUGUUAUCAUUAACAAAUAUAUGAAUAUCUUUCUUUUGCAAUAAUAUUUAUAUACAGUUUUUGUCUGCACAAUAGAAAGAAUUGUAAUCUAUUUAAUCCAUCGUGCAAAUGAAUUAAACUUAGUUGGAAGGUAUGUUUGUAACAAAUUAUUAUUAUAGUGAUUGAAAGAGCUAUUAUAAAUGUUUAUAUGAUAUAAUGCAUUUUUAUAAUUUAGAUGGGGAAAAAAAGAAAUAUUCAACCACCACCUGUAUCAGUGCCUAGUCGUGUGAAGGUUGAAAUAAAGGAUGAAUUAGGUAAUAGAAAGUAUUGUUUAUAUGCAAUUAUUAAAUGAAUCCAUAUAAAGCAAUUGAUAUUAAAAUAUAUUGUUUUAGGAGACAGUGAUGUACUUGUUGCAAGAGAUCGUUUAAAAGGUGCUCUUAGAGAGUUAUUACAACAUAGUGAUACAGGAUCCUCGGCAGAUUCAAGUGAAGAAAGUUCUGCACAAGAUUAUAGACAUUCAAUGAAAAAAAUAGAUAACAUGUAUAGAACAAAAUCAAUGUGUUUUCAACAACCACGUAAAAUAAGACGUCGUAGACAAAUACAAAUGGAUACUGCAUUUCAUCAUACUUAUGUUAUGAAGUUAUUUGAUAGAAGUGUUGAUUUAGCACAAUUUCAAGAAGAUACACCACUUUAUCCCAUAUGUAGAGCUUGGAUGGCAAAUCAACCAAGAAAUCCUAAUCUUGUACCAAAAGUACGCAGUCCAAGUCCAGAAAUAGUAAAUGAAAUUAACAUAAGUAACAAUAUAUUGGACAGUAAUGGAGAAGUUCGUGAUGUUUAUUAUUUGCCACCUCCAUUACCUUGUGAAGAAGCUAUACCUAGAAACCGUAUACCUUCAGCAAUACCUAGAGAAAAAGAAGAGUUGAACUUGGAUUAUGACGGACAAACCCUAAAAUCACGAGAAAUGUUGUUAAGAGAACACAGAGUACAUUGGAAUGCUAUGCGCAAAAAAUGGCAUCAACAAGCACACAAGAAUGAACAACGUUUUACGGAAAGUGCAAGUAUAUUAAACACUAUAUUUAAGAGGUAUAUAUUCAAGAUCGUGAAAUUAUGUGGAGAAACAAAUAGAAUUAUAUAAAGAUAUUGCUCAGAUUAUAUUUUAUAAUGCGAAACGUAAUUUUAUUAUAAAAACAUUAUUUCUAUUUCAGGGCACAAUCAGAAUUUGAAUAAUCCAUUACCUGGCAGAUUGAUCACUGUCACUGAU